GCGUCUUGUUUGUAGUUACUAUGGCUACCAGCCUUAAAUCAGUUCGUUAGCUGCGUUGCUAGCUCGCAUGAUAACUUCUUUUAGCGGCUGACAAAUCUGCGUUUUCUGUUCGCAAACAUUAUUCCUCGUCUUAAGCGUGAUUUUGGUUAUUUUAGAGAGGCGGAUAGAAAUGUGUCGCGACAGUUUUAUCCCCGCAAACGAGCUGUGUGAAUGAGGGUCACGGGGAAACCUGGAGCCUAUCCCAGGGAGCAUCAGGCACGAGGCGGUGUACACCCUGGACAGGGUGCCAAUUCUAAUCCAGAACAAAUCUGAGCCCCUGUGUUUAUCAGAUUGUGGAUACAUGAGUUCCAGUAGCUCUACAGAGAUGGGGGACGUCUUGGCGAAUGAAGCAGAUGUCCUACUGAUGAUCAGAGAAUACCUGAAGUUCUGUGAGCUGGAGGAAACAGUGACGACCUUUGAGAAGGAAUGCAAGAGCAAAGGAAAACCUGUGACAAAAGAACGCAGCCAUUUAGCUGAAGACUCCAAAACGCUAGCCAUACAGAAAGAUCGUCUGCAGAAAGAUCUGCUCAGCUCGUUUGAUGAUGGAGAGAUGAAGGUUUUCUUCAAGCUUUGGACAAAAAACAUACCCGCACACAUCCGUGACAGCGACCUCGCCGUGCAGAAACUGGAGUUCUACCUGCACGUUCACUUCAUCAUCUAUCCACUGAAGAACUCUGUUGGAAAGCAGGAUAAAGCUGAGUGUGAUGAGCAGAUCAGGCAUUUUAAGCACUUCUUGGAGACAAGAGGCGCAGCACUGAGCCAAACCACAGAGUUCCUGCCGUUUUACGCUCUGCCUUUCGUUCCCAACCCUGUAGCACAUCCGUCAUUCAAGGAGCUCUUCCAGGAUUCCUGGACUCAAGAUUUAAGAAAAAAUCUUGAAAAGGUUUUGGUCUCGACCCUGAAAGCAUCCGCUACACCGAGGCUGCUCGCAUUAUAUAGAGAGAGCACAAACAGCAACAGAGAGCACAUGAAGCAGCUAGCUGAAGCAAAGAAGCAGGUUUCAGCAUACAUAAAGAAGUUCAAUAAGAUCCAGUUUGAUCAUUACAACCUCAUCAGUGCAACUGCUGACCUGGUGGACACACUUGAGGCUACCGUCAAUGGGAAAAUGAUUUCCCCUGAGUAUCUGCAGAGUUUGUAUGCGCGCCUCUUCGGUGGACAGAUGAGCGAGAGUGUCGCUCAGAGCAUCGAUUUUACACGGCCUGGGACAGGAUAUUACUCUAUGUCUCCUUAUGAUGAUGGAUAUGCCUCGUCCAUGUUACGAGCGUCCAUUGCAGCACAGAGGAGUAAAGAUGUCCCACUGCUGCCUUCACUGGACUAUGACAAGCUGAAGAGGGAUCUGAUUAAUGGAUCGGACAGGCUGAAAGCUCUGCUGCUGCAGGCCCUGCGCUGGAGGUUGACCCGCUCAGUGCAGGGUGAGCAGAGAGACACGGUUCUCCAGGCUUUCAUCAGUAAUGACCUGUUAAAUUGCUACAGCACUAAACAGAAAUCUGUGGUUCACCUCAUCAAAUCGAAGAAUGAGACGGUGAGGCAGUACACAGCUCGCCUCAUUAACACCUUCGCCUCCCUGUCUGAGGGUCGUGUGUAUCUGUCUCAGUGUUCCUCUCUGCUGAAGCUAUUAACUGAAUGUUUGCAAUCGGAAGAGAAGGACUCUGUGACCAGAGAGAAAGUGUUGGGGGCACUGCAGAAACUCAGCCUCAGACGAGUCCAUCAGUCGUCUCUGAUCAGAUUGGGUCUGAUUGCAUGGUUGGUUGAUGAGCUGCAAGACUCUGACUCUUUAUCAGAUUACACAGUGGAAUAUGCUGUAACUCUUCUGAUGACUCUCUGUCUGCGCACACAGGGAAGAAGAAAAUGCACAGAAAAAGCCAAACAUGUACUAACGGUUCUGACUGACCUCUUAGGACAUGAAAACCACGAGAUCCGGUACUAUGUAAAUGGAGCUCUGUACAGUAUCCUGAGUGUCCCAACAUUACGACAAGAAGCCAAAGAAAUGAGUUUGGAGGAAAUUCUGCGCUGUUACAUGAAAGAGGAAAACGCUGAACUGAACAGACAGAUGGAGUUCAUCAUCAAACAGCUCAACUCCGAGGAGGCACCCAAAGAUGAGUUGGAGUCAGGGGAUGAAGAGGAGGAUGAAGAAGAUGAGGAGGAUGUGAUGGAGCCGGAUCUGGAUAAAGAGGAAGAUCUCCAGCCUCAGCCUAAAGAGCUCUAUGGAGAACAAUUACUGACCACAGAGUAUCUGGGAAUUAUGACCAACAUGGGCAAGGAGAAGAGAUUGAGCACACAUGCCUCUCAGAGCACAGAUGAGCCUCUCAGGAGACCUGUUACACCAAACUCUCAGAGAAACUCUGUAGCUGCCCCUGACAGACUCAACUCCUCCGUCACCUCUCGCCCAAGUACCAGUGACUUCAUCCGCCGUACACUGGAUUCCGUAUGGUGUUCAUCUCAGGAAUCUGUAGGAUCGGAGGUGAACACUCACUCGCACAGUGAUGUCACCAGCAGCUUCACUGGCCGACCCACAAGCCCACGUUCCACUGGUGCUGACGUAGGGGACAGGGUCCUGCCAAAACUCCGCCCACUUGGCCCUCAUUUCUCCCACAGAGAACCACAACAGAGCAUCAGCAAACUGAACAGCGCUACACACAAAUCAGACAGUGCCCAGUCUAACAGGAAGAGAAGCUCUGUUGAUGGACAUACAGCUUCCUGAAACCUCAUUCCUCCAUCUUAUCAGGCCAAGAUGGACGAGUGCAGGAGGAACAAAGCUUGUGUUUGUGGUGAGCGUGUUGUUUCAGGCAGACUGAUCCGCUGUGGAACCCAAAACCACAAUAACACCUUUAUCAUCAGCACCACAGACUCCGCUCCCUCACCUUCACUCUGCUCAGUCCUCAUGCUGCGGCGCUUUACACGUCACCUCAUCACUUUAAUAAAGGAAAUAUUUCAACUAUUGUGGAACUUUUUAAACCAAUUUGUUUAGGAUCCAAUGCUGUACUGCUUAUAUCCUAUUCUGUAUUUUUAUUUUUUCAUUAUUUUUUGGCUCACAGUUGAUUUUUUUUUUUUUAAUUGUUUAUUGUAUGAUGUACAUUUUCAUACUUAUUAGAUUAUCUACAGUAUGAAAGGUUUCCAUUUUUGUUCACAUUAUGCUGUUGAACAUGGUCAAAAUUAAAAUGUUCCCAAACAUCUGUGGACAUUUGAGUUUUGGCCAAACUGCCAUUUUCAAUAUCAAGAACAUAUCAAUUCCACCUUCAGUUCAUAUUCCUCACUGUAGAGGUGUUUUUAACAUUAAACAGCAUUUCAUUCGGACAUUAAUGACUUCAGUAGUUCAGUGAAUGUGUUCUGGGUUUGUUCAUCUUAAUUAAUGUCAAAUAAUAAUCGCAUUAUUUAUUAGGAAUCUUACUGUACAAUAACUUGCAUUUCAUCAACUAUUAUACAUUAAGCUGACAUUUUAAACAAUAAUUCUUAUUUAAGAUUCUCAUUAUUUAAGACAGAUCCAUGGUCAGUCAUAUGGGUCAAAUGCUUUUAGUCAAACUUCAUCAUGUUUGUGUUUGUGGUUUUAAAUCUCACUGUGUGAAGUGUAAAUGUAUUUUUGAUGGACGAAAGCUGUGAUAUUUUUGUGCUGUAAACAAGAUGAAUACAUUUAAUGUAAACAAA